GCAGCCCUUUGUCUGAGGGUGCUGCGGGCUCCCGUCACUUCGCGCGUGAGGCUGCGGCGUGGACGCCCCACAGGUUCCUUCACUUUCUGUGAUUCUCAGAGGCCCCAGGAGACCAGGUGAUGGCAGCAGCCAGGCUCCUGCCAGUGCCUGCAGGACCUCAGGCCAAGUUAACCUUCGAGGAUGUGGCUGUGCUCCUCUCCCAGGACGAAUGGAACCGGCUGGGCCCUGCUCAGAGGGGCCUGUACAGAAAUGUGAUGAUGGAAACCUAUGGGAAUGUAGUCUCAUUGGGACUUCCAAUAACCAAGCCUGACUUAAUCUCCCAGCUGGAGCGAGGGGAAGAUCCCUGGGUCCUGGAUGGGAAGGGGGCUAAGGAGAGCCAGGACCUGUGGAGUGGCCACUCAGACAACGUCAAAUGGGAACACACUACAGCCUGUAUGCAACAAGACAGUUUAUCUUGUCCAUGGGAAUAUGAAACCAAGGGAGAGAAUCAAAAUACAGACUUGAGUCUGAAGCCAUUAAUUUCAGAGGAAACAGUGAUUCUGGGGAAAACACCCUUGCGGAGGACUGAUCAAGAAAAUAAUGAAACGAAGCGAAGCUUCUGUCUAAGUCCAAAUUCUGUCGACCACCGUGAAAUUCAGGUCUUAAGCCAAAGCAUGCCACUCACUCCACACCAGGCAGUGCCUAGUGGAGAGAGGCCCUACAUGUGUGUCGAGUGUGGGAAGUGCUUUGGCCGGAGUUCCCACCUCCUUCAGCAUCAGCGUAUCCACACUGGAGAGAAGCCCUAUGUGUGCAGUGUAUGUGGGAAGGCCUUCAGCCAGAGCUCAGUCCUCAGUAAACACAGAAGAAUCCACACAGGUGAGAAGCCCUAUGAGUGUAACGAGUGUGGAAAAGCCUUUAGAGUGAGCUCAGAUCUUGCUCAGCAUCACAAGAUACACACAGGAGAGAAGCCUCACGAAUGUCUUGAGUGUCGGAAAGCCUUCACUCAACUCUCACAUCUCAUUCAGCACCAGCGGAUCCACACAGGAGAAAGGCCCUAUGUGUGUCCAUUGUGUGGGAAAGCCUUCAACCAUAGCACUGUCUUGCGGAGCCACCAGAGGGUACACACCGGGGAGAAGCCUCACAGGUGCAAUGAGUGUGGGAAAACCUUCAGUGUGAAGAGGACACUCCUGCAGCACCAGAGGAUCCACACCGGGGAGAAGCCCUAUACGUGCAGCGAGUGUGGGAAGGCCUUCAGUGACCGCUCAGUCCUCAUUCAGCACCACAACGUGCACACUGGGGAGAAGCCCUACGAGUGCAGCGAGUGUGGGAAGACCUUCAGCCACCGCUCUACCCUGAUGAAUCACGAGCGGAUCCACACUGAAGAAAAACCCUAUGCAUGCUACGAAUGCGGGAAGGCCUUCGUUCAGCACUCACACCUGAUCCAGCACCAGAGAGUCCACACUGGGGAAAAGCCCUAUGUGUGUGGUGAGUGCGGGCAUGCCUUCAGUGCACGUCGGUCUCUGAUCCAGCAUGAGAGAAUCCACACUGGUGAAAAGCCUUUCCAGUGCACAGAAUGUGGCAAAGCCUUCAGCCUAAAAGCAACUCUGAUUGUGCACCUGAGGACCCACACGGGCGAGAAGCCCUAUGAGUGCAAUAGCUGUGGGAAAGCCUUCAGCCAGUACUCAGUGCUCAUCCAGCACCAGCGGAUCCACACAGGUGAGAAGCCCUACGAGUGCGGGGAGUGUGGACGUGCCUUCAACCAGCACGGCCACCUAAUCCAGCACCAGAAAGUGCACAAGAAGUUGUGACCCGUGGCUGAAACAAGAGUCCAUCUCACAGAAACUGCAUGUGGAACUACAAGCAGCCUUCAGCCCAAAAGAAGUUUCUGUUAACUCUGUAAGAAUCCUUUCUUUGGUAAUUCCUGUGUCACAAAAUAACUCCGAAAAGAAGCACUUGGCAUGAUGUUCCCAUGGAAAAAUUUCAGAGGCUACCUGUUUUUAUUUUCGUCACCAUCUUGAGGUUAUAUUGGAGAGUAAUCAUAGAAUUGUAGUGAAUUUUGGUAAAAACUGCCACAAUUCUUUCUCUGACAUUAGUUUAUUUGAACUAAGGGAAUUUAAGGCAUAAGAACUAUUGUCCCAAUAAAAUCUUCUUACAUUCCAAAUGAAGUUCUUUUUCUAAGAACAUUA